CAACAACAACAAAAACAAUAACAAAAACAAAAAAAAAAAAAAACCAAAUUUCUAAUUAUCUCUAUUUUUUUUAUGGGAUCUUAAUUCCGCAAUUAGAAAUAAUUACCCACCUUUUAUAAGGAGUAUAUAAAGUUAAAAAAUUUCGAUCACACAAGAUAACUCAAUAAAAAAAUCCAUAACAAAUAAAGCCGAAAAAGUCAUCUAACAAACAUUUAUCCAUCCAAUACACUAUACAGAUUAACAUUUGACGACCUACCAUUUUGGAGGUUGAGCGUAUGAAGUAAGCCCAGAAAAUUGGGGAAGAAGAGAGAGACUCAGAGAUAGCCAUGGGAGAUGAAAGGGUCAAAACAGAAGUUCUUCAAACCAUAAAUUUGUUCCAAGUUCUUCCCAAAUUGGUUGUCUUUGAUCUCGAUUAUACUAUCUGGCCUUUCUACUGUGAAUGCCACUCCAAAAGAGAAAUGCCAUCAUUGUAUCCUCAUGUAAAAGGUAUAUUGUAUGCGCUGAAGGACAAGGGUAUUGAUGUUGCUAUUGCUUCUAGAUCACCAACUCCUGACAUAGCCAAGACAUUUCUUGACAAGUUAGGCAUCCAGUCAAUGUUUGUUGCUCAGGAAAUUUUUUCCAGUUGGACACACAAGACAGAACACUUUCAGAGAAUUCAUAGGAGGACAAAAAUUCCCUACACUGACAUGCUUUUCUUUGAUGAUGAAGAUAGGAACAUUAAAGCGAUUAAUAAUAUGGGUGCGACAAGCAUAUUAGUUGAGAAUGGGGUUAAUCAGCAAGCAUUUCGACAAGGUUUGGUGGAGUUUUCUCAAAAAUCAAAGGCAUCUGAAAAAGCAGGAUCGUCUGGAAAGAACAAGAAGAAGUGACAUUGUCUGUUCUAAGUGAGCUAAAUCCAACCCUCAGAUUUAAUAGAAGGGGAAGGCAGAUAAGAGAAUUGGGGCUGUCAUUUUGCAUCAACUUACAGCAUUGACAUCUUGACGAUAUUGAUUUGUGACUUGAUAUUGCUAUAAAGUACUGGUAUUAUUUUUUGUUUCAAAGGGAUGCGAUUAUAUUAUUUGACCAGAAGAAAACAACUAUGCUACUAUACUGCAAAGUCCGCUACUAUUUGUAAAAUGCGAGCAAUGAUUUCAAAUGGAUAGAGCGUCUGUGACAAAGCCUUGCAAUUUUUCCAGAGCUCUUGUAGUUGUUUA